CUAGAUAUUUAGAAUAUAAAAAGAAUUAAGUAGAGAAUUCUAGAAUGAGUUGUGAUGCCUAUAAAUAGGGGUGAGUUGUAACAUUUUGUAUAAGUUGAAAAAGUUGAGAGGUUGAGAGAAUUUGAGAAAUAAAGAGUGUUCCCUUGUUUUCCCACAUCACCAAUUUCUCCUAAAAUAUUUCCCACAUAUUCCACCCAUUGUCCCCUCAAAUAUUUCCUCCAAACUAAAAUACUUCUCCAAUAUAUUUCCUAUAUUCCAACAAAGUGGUACCAGAGCCAUAAGUUCCUACCUAUAGCAUGGCUAACUUGCCGUCGUUCCAAGUCCCCAUGCUCAAUAAGAGCAAUUUCGAUAAUUGGAGUAUUAAGAUGAAAGCGUUAUUGGGAGCCCAUGACGUUUGGGAGAUCGUGGAGAGUGGCUAUGAGGAGCCACAAGAUGAGACCGCUCUAUCCCAAUAACAAAGGGAUAGAUUGCGAGAUGCGAGAAAGAGAGACAAGAAGGCUCUCUAUCUCAUCUACCAAGCUCUAGGGGACGACGAUUUCGAGAAGAUCUCGAGUGCAAGCACCGCCAAAGAAGCGUGGAAGAAGCUCCAAAUCUCGUGUAUUGGAGCGGAUCGAGUAAAGAAGGUGUAUGCACACACGUUCUAAAGGCUUGCCUCUAGAACCUUUCGAUCCUGAGAUCGAAGCAACAAACCGGAAUAGGAACGCCUAUAGGAGACUCAUACAGAAAAUUCAAGCUUCUUCGCCUAACCGCAUAGGAGCAUCCUCAGUUCAAAGGGACGUUUCACCCAUACGAUCACCAGUUCAGGACCAUAUUCUGUUUGAUCCCGUCUCUCCUAGUCUGAUGGAGUACGAAGGGGGUAACAACGGUCCACCACCUCCUCCUCCCAAUUAUGCUGAGCUUCUACGACAGCUGGAGGAGUUGCGUCAACAGGUCAACCGUGGACCACCUGUGCCUGUGCAGAAUCAAUAUGUAUACCAAGGCCAGGCAAAUCCAACCGUCCAUAGCAACAUCACGGCCAAUACUUUUGAGCUGAAAAGAGGACUGAUUCAGAUGGCGGAGAACAUUGCUUUUAGGGGCAAAUCCACAGAUGACCCUAACAAGCAUAUCACCAAAUUCAUUCAGAUUUGCAACACAACAAAGAUGAAUGGAGUGACAGAUGAGCAGGUUCGACUAAGGCUGUUUCCUUUCUCUUUAGAGGAUUCAGCAAAGGAUUGGUUGGAGAGUUUGGAGCCAGGAUCAAUUAGAACAUGGGAUGCUAUGGUGGAAAAAUUCUUGGAGAAAUUCUAUCCCCCUAGUGAAGCUAUAAAGAGGCAACACGAGAUCAUUGCCUUUCAGAUGACUCCUGCAGAGAACAAAAGAGACGCAUGGGGGAGGUUUAAAGCUUUGAUGAAACGGUGUCCCAACCAUGGGUUAACCCCAACAAAUCAAGUCAUUACAAGGGAUGCGUGCCUGAAGCACAACGAGAGUUGAACUUGAGCUCAGGCGGCAAUUUUCUCAAGAAAGGAGUGAAUGAAGCCAUGGAAGUGAUUGAGGAGCUCGCAUCUAACGACGAAGGAUGGAGCAACGAAAGGAGUAAGGCACAUAGGGUGGCUUCUACUACAAAUCAUGAUCAUAUGAGUGCCCUGUCCGACAAGUUGGAUGCGUUGACCAUGAAAUUUGAUUGCAUGAUAAUGGGGAAACCGUCUCAAGAUCCCCAAGGAAGUAUGGAGGACGUGAACUAUGUGAAUCAAGGGGGCAACAACGGGUACUACAAUAAUUCACGCCCCAACUUUCAUGGUGGAGGAUAUAAUCAGUACGGGAACAAGGGGCAUCCCAAUCUCUCGUAUGGGAACCCCAAUAAUGCUCUGCAACCACCCCCAGGGUUCACAGUCACUGAUGGAGUGAUUAAUGAUCCAAAGAAGAUGACCACAGAAGACAUACUCAAGUCUUUCAUGCUACAGACCAACAAGCUCAUGGAGCAUAACAAUCAAAGGAUGGAGAAGGUUGAGACAGAUGUGCAAUGUAUGGCCACUCAUCUGAAGAACAUCGACAUACAGAUCAGCCAGAUUUCCCAGACUGUGAGUACUAUUACUCAACCGGGAAAAUUCCCUUCGAACACCAUCAUAAAUCCCAAAGGAUGUAUGGCCAUCCAUCUGAGGAAUGGCAAGACGUAUGAAGGUCCAUCUCUGCCUGAGACCACGAAGGACGCUAUUCUUGAGCCUAAGGCUGCCGCGGCAGAGAAGAAAAAUGAGGCUGAAAAAGAUAAUACUGGCACCACUUCUGGAGUAAAGGUGCCAUUCCCGCAGGUACUGAAUCAGAAGAAGAAGAAAGAUGAUCAGUUCACUCGAUUUCUGGACAUCUUCAGAAAGGUGCAUGUGAACAUUCCUUUGAUCGAGGCACUGCAGCAGAUGCCUAAGUAUGCUAAGUUUCUGAAGGAGGUGAUAGCCCAGAAGACCAGUUGGGGGCAGGUUGAUACUAUUGAUCUAACUGAAAAUUGCAGUGCUCUGCUGCAAAGGAAACUGCCUGCCAAGCUGAAGGACCCUGGAAGUUUCACUGUCGACUGCCUCAUUGGGGGCUAUAAGGUGGAGAAUGCUCUCUGCGAUCUAGGCGCGAGCAUUAAUCUAAUGCCACUAUCAGUGUUCAAGCAACUGAACAUCGGUACUUUGAAGCCCACCUCAGCCACACUACAGAUGGCGGACAGAUCUGUCGCGUAUCCAGAGGGCAUCGUGGAAGACCUACUGAUUAAGGUCGGGGAAUUUAUUUUUCCCGUCGACUUUAUGGUCUUGGACAUGGAAGAAGACAAAAGAGUCCCCCUACUGCUAGGACGUCCCUUCCUUGCCACUGCUGAGGCAAAUAUAAACGUGAAAAAUGGAGAGUUGACAAUCUUCAUGGGAGAAGAAAGUCAAACGUUUUCCCACAAACCGAGAAGCAUGGAUGGAAGAAUUGAGGAGUGCAAGGUGGUGCGUCUGAAGCACCAAGUGAUUACUGAAGAAGGAUGAUCGAGUGCAGUCAGAAAAGUGAAGCAGAAAGACUUUUAUGAGCUUCACAUGGAGAUAAUGGUUUCCACUAACUCGGAGCCAAUAGCAUGGAUCGAUGCAGACCAUAGUCGCCCUUCAUCGGUGUACGCGGUGAUCACUACUGAACCCCCUAGGAUGGGGGGUAAAAUACCAACUGCUGUCAAUGGAAGAAAGAUAACUGCUCCAACACUGAAGGAGCCUAUCUCGAGAGAGCCUGAAAAGUGGUGGCUCACCAAGACUUGGAACGAUCUAUUUCCUCAUGGAGGAGGAGCCAAACGAUCACCUGGAGGCGACUCUGGGAUGAAAGGGGAUCUCGGUUGAUAUUUGAAGACGUCGGGCACACGACGAUAAAAAGGUGCGCUGCAUGGGAGGCAACCCAUGGAAGGUAAAAAGGGUCAAAAUGAACCAAGCCGUGACUGGGGUCUGAUUCAAACGUUAAUCUGUCUAUCAAGAUGGGUCCAAUUCCUAUUUUGAGAGUACCAUUGUCUUCAUCAUCGAAAGAGCUUCGCGUGGGUACCUCACACGCCCCAAUCGGAGUUCGGAUGAAAGAGAUAUGGCCGAUCUACGAAAGCCG